AUGGAUCCUCCUCCCCAAGAUGAAUUAAGACAAGCCAUUGCAGAGCUUACUGCCCGUCUAGGCCACUUAAAGGCUAGGUAUGACGAGGAAAAUGCAAAUAAUGGCAGAAAUAAUAAUAGGCAUGGCCCUUACCCCAGGCAAGACCAUAGAGACAAUGAAGACAACUCUGCUAAGCAUAUCAAAGUAGAGGCUCCUACCUUCGAUGGUGUUAGGAACCCUCAGGUCUACAAUGAUUGGGUGCGAGAGAUGGAGCAUUUUUUUGAGUGGUAUGACCUGUCUGAGGAUAGAAAGGUUUGGUUUGCCAAAAUGAAACUUGUAGGAAGAGCAAAACUCCAUUGGGAUAGUGUUGUCAACCACCUCCGUAAGACCCGCCAAUCACCCAUAACUCUUUGGGAAGAAAUGAAGGCCAAGUUCAAUGAAAAGUACUUCCCAGUCUCUCAUCAAGGCAACUUGUUGGAUCAAUGGCAUGAUUUGAGACAAGACAAUAGGUCUGCUACUAAGUACGUAGAACAAUUUGAAGAGUACAGGAUACGUAGCAAUGCAACUGAGGAUGAGCCAAUUACCUUGAGUAGAUUUAGGAAAGGUCUUAAUUAUGAUCUUCAAAGAGAAUUGGUGGCUCGACAAAUCUCAACUCUUGAUGAUGCUUAUACCUUAGUACAAGAUUUAAAGCUGAUCCUUAGGCCCCAAGGUGGAAGGAGAUUUGACAAUCGCAUGUUGCCUCGCAACAAUUUUGAUGGUCCCCAAGGUAGAUACCUCCAAGAAUUGGAUGGAGAGGAAGAGGUAGAAGAAGUAGUCUAUGAGCCUAACACUGAAGACAUUGUAGAAAUAGGAGAGGAUGAUUCCACCCAAUUAGCUUCAUUAGAGCCCUACCAUCUUUUGAUAACCUCAAUGAAGUCCGAAGAAAGUGAUGAUUGGAAAAGAAAUACUAUCUUCCAAACCUUUGUCAAGUGUGGAACCACAAAUUGCAAGGUUAUCAUUGACAGUGGAAGUUGCAUUAAUGCAGUUUCUUCUAAACUUGUCUCCCUCCUAGGUUUGAAGUUAGUUGCCCAUCUUAAGCCCUAUAAGGACACAUUUUUGGGACGACCAUGGGUCUAUGAUUUAGAUGUCACUCUUUAUGGUCGCUCGAACUCUUGUUCCUUCAUGCACAAUGGACAAAGGAUUAAGCUUAACCUAGUCAAAACUAAGUUUGUUAGUGCAAGUAAGGCUAGAGAAGAGCCCAAAAAGCAAAGUAUGAACCUCAUUAGUCCAAAAGAACUUGAAAGAGCUGUCAAUCAAGACUCCAUCAUCUUUGCUAUGGUUGUUAAGGAAAUUGCACUAGAUAACUUUGAAGAACCAAGAAAAGAAGUAUGGUCAGUGCUUCAAGAGUUCCAAGAUGUUUUCCCUAAGGAGCUUCCAAAUCAAUUGCCUCCUAUGCAUGAUAUUCAACACGCCAUAGGUCUUGUCCCGGGAGCAGCACUCCCAAAUUUGCCCCACUAUAGAAUGAGCCCUCCUCACAUGAUGAGAUGGUUAGAUGAUAUGUUUGAUAUGAUGUCAGGAGCCACAAUCUUUUCGAAGAUUGAUUUGAAAAGUGGAUACCACCAGAUUAGGAUUCGCCCAGGUUUUGUGGUUUCAUCUAAAGAAGUUUCUGCUGACCUACAAAAGGUCAAGGCCAUAAUGGAUUGGCCCGAACCCAAGAACAUUAAUGAGGUUCGCAGUUUUCAUGGGCUUGCAACUUUCUAUCGCUGCUUCAUACGUGGAUUUAGUACAAUCAUGGCACCAAUCACUAAUUGUAUGAAGCAAGGCGAAUUCCAAUGGUCAAAUGUUACUGGUAAAGCAUUUCAAGAAAUCAAGAAGAAGAAGACAGAAGCACCGGUGAUGCGCCUACCAGACUUUGAUAAGGUCUUUGAAGUGGAAUGUGAUGCGUCUGGUGUAGGCAUAGGAGGAGUUCUUAGCCAAGAUUGUCACCCUAUAGCUUACUUUAUUGAGAAAUUAAAUGAGGCUAAGAAGAAGUAUUCAACAUAUGACAAAGAACUUUAUGCUGUGGUACAAGCUUUAAGAUAUUGGAGCCAUUAUUUGACAACCCAUGAGUUUGUCAUUUAUUCGGAUCAUGAUGCUCUCCGCCACAUCAAUUCCCAAAAGAAAUUAAAUGCUUGA